AUGUACAAUGGCGUGGACGACGUGGAUGUGGGCGGCGGCGGUGACCUCGCUGACUGUCGUGAGGAAUCUGGCCCGCCGUCUUUCGUCAUGGAGGACGACAUGGUCGGCUCGCCACUAGUAGCCACGGUAGGCGCAGCCUUGGUGGCAGGAACGCUGCGCCAAGCGCCCUGUCGUGGCCACGGCGCGGCCAUCGCGUACAAAGCCAAGUGA